CAGUUCAAGAACACUGAGUAAGAAGAAGAAGAAGAAGAAAAAAACAUAAUGGAUCUUUCUUCUCGUCGCGCCUCUUCCUCUCUCACAUUGAGCCUCAUAGUUCUCCUCCUAGCUUCCACAGGUUCGUAUGGCUCAACAUUCACAUUCGCUAAUCGCUGCGGCUUCACCGUAUGGCCUGGAAUCCUAGCGAAUGCUGGCUCUCCUACUCUCUCCACCACCGGAUUCGAGCUCCCUAAAGGCACCUCCCGCUCUCUCCAAGCUCCCACCGGUUGGUCCGGUCGAUUCUGGGCUCGAACCGGUUGCAAGUUCGACGGUUCUGGCUCCGGUACAUGCACAACCGGUGAUUGCGGCUCCAACUCUGUCGAAUGCGCCGGACUUGGCGCCGCACCGCCUGUAACUCUCGCCGAGUUCACUCUAGGCACUGGCGGCGACGAUUUCUACGACGUUAGUCUCGUCGACGGUUACAACAUUCCGAUGAUAGUUGAAGUCGCCGGUGGAUCUGGGCAGUGCGCUUCUACCGGUUGCACUUCGGAUCUUAACACUCAGUGCCCUGCUGAGCUGCGUUUCGGCGACGGAGACGCUUGUAAAAGCGCGUGUGAAGCGUUUCGGAGUCCUGAGUAUUGUUGCAGCGGCGCGUAUGCUACACCUUCUACUUGUCGGCCUUCCGUCUACUCGGAGAUGUUCAAAGCCGCUUGUCCUCGCUCGUAUAGCUACGCUUACGACGAUGCUACGAGCACUUUCACUUGCGCCGGUGGAGAUUACACGGUGACGUUUUGCCCUUCUUCCCCUAGUCAAAAAUCGACUAGCUACUCCCCUCCAGUGACAGACUCGUCGUCGACCUCACAAGGUUCGGAUCCUGUGCCUGGUUCUGAUACGGGUUAUGCCGCCGGUCAGGGUCAACAGACUCCAGUUCAAGGUAAUGUGUACGGGUCUCAGGGUACUGGGUCGGAGAUGGGUACAGGAGAGACCAUGUUACAGGACGGAUCAUGGAUGGCUGGUUUGGCCAUGGGAGACUCAAGCAGACCAGCCGGCGCUUCAUUGGCAAUGCUACUUGCUGCCUUUACUUUUCCGUUUAUCUUCUCGUAGCAUCUUCGUCUUAGAUUUUGUAGUCGUUUUGUUAGCAUUGCCUUUGUUUAGUUUUCUUGAUACUCAAUGUUUAUCGCUCAAGACUGCGACUAUUUGGGUUUUAGGGUUUUGCAUUGUAGCUUUGUCGUGUGUGCGUGUUCCUUUUCAUCUGUCUUAGAAGAUGGUUUUUCAUGUUUGAAAUUGUGAGAUAUGCUUUGUGAUAUAAAGAUCUUUUGUGGCU